AUGAAGCAAUGUGCUUAUGUUGCCCUGGGAAGCAACCUAGGCGAUCGUGUGGCCAUGAUCGAGCAAGCAUGUAACGAGAUGGACCAGACCGGAAAAAUCAGGGUUCUACGGACGAGCAGUCUGUGGGAGACCAAGGCCAUGUAUGUUUUGGAUCAGGACAAGUUCGUCAACGGCGUUUGCGAGGUUGAAACCUCGUUAUCCCCCAUCGAGCUUCUAGAUGAGCUACAGGGGAUAGAAAACAAGAUGGGUAGAGUGAAAGUCGUCGACAAAGGACCGCGGAACAUUGAUUUGGACAUUGUGCUCUAUGGCAACGAAACCUUCAUGAACGACAGGCUGCAGAUACCCCACAAACUUAUGCUGGAGCGCGACUUUGUUCUGCGGCCGUUAUGCGAAUUAAUACCUCACCACGGCCUUCCCCCACACGUCGAUCUCCCGGCGGGCUCGUUCCAAUACCAGCUUUCCCACCUACCCAAGUCUCCCGAUCCUCUCUCUCCUCUAACACCUUUGGCUCCAAAUGUUGCACAUAUCGCUUCGCAGCAUGCUCAACGCAAAACACGCGUCAUGUCCAUUCUCAAUGUCACACCAGACUCCUUCUCGGAUGGCGGCAAACAUUUCAACAUGUCCUCUUCGCAACUCGGUGACGCCAUUCGCUCUCAUAUAGCCAAUGGAGCCACGAUCCUUGAUCUGGGAGGGCAAUCCACACGACCUGGCGCGCCCCAAGUUUCUUCUAACGAAGAGCUCCAGAGGGUACUACCAGCUAUCGAGGCCAUUAAAAACACCCCCGAGGCCAAUCAUGUGGCCAUCAGUGUAGACACCUACCGUGCCGAUGUCGCCGAAGCCGCCAUCAAGGCAGGCGCACACAUCGUGAACGAUGUUUCUGCCGGAUUACUAGAUGAUAAUAUGCUAUCCACGGUUGCACGACUAGGCGUCACGAUCUGCCUCAUGCAUAUGCGCGGCACACCCGAGACAAUGAACAGAUUCACCACCUACCCCGACGGCGUCAUCACAGGUGUAGCAGUCGAUCUUCUCGAGCGUGUAAGGGCUGCGGAGGAGGCGGGCAUACGGCGGUGGCGCAUCAUUUUGGAUCCUGGUAUCGGUUUUGCGAAAAAUCAGGAGCAGAAUUUAGAGUUGCUUAGAGGACUCGAUAAGCUCAGGAGAUGGCCAGGACUAGAAGGGUUCCCUUGGCUAAUAGGAGCGAGUAGGAAGAAGUUCGUAGGGAGCAUUACGGGGGUGAAAGAGGCGAAGGAAAGGAUAUGGGGAACCGCUUCUGCGGUUACGGCUGCGGUACAGGGCGGUGCUGAUGUUGUGCGUGUGCAUGACGUGAAGGAGAUGACACAGGUGGUCAAGAUGGCGGACGCAAUUUGGCGGUAUUGA